CUUUUGGGUGGCCAGUUGAUGGAUGGGAGGAGGGGUAAACCCCCCGUUGAAGGAAGAUUAGGUAUAGGCUAAUCUCCACUGAGCACAUGCGCACUAAUCGGCCCCGCAGCCACCGUUCCUUCUGCACAAGGUUUCCACAGGGGAGGAAGUUAAAUGGCUAAGUGUAAGCCGUGGCUGCUCUGCUGCUUCAUCUUGGCGUGUUUAAUUGGCGCCGUCGCUCUCGUGUGCCUGUGGAUCGCCUCCGUGGCGGACGGAGGAUGUGCCAGCGGCGGCUUCGGGCGCGCGGCGGUGUCCGCAGACUCCCAACUCUGCUCGGACAUCGGCAGGAACAUGCUCCAGCAGGGAGGGUCGGCAGUAGAUGGCGCCAUUGCAGCUCUUCUGUGCACGUCUUUUGUCAAUCCUCAGAGCAUGGGGAUCGGAGGAGGGUCCAUAUUCACUAUCAGAAACAAAACAGGCAAUGUUAAAGUCUACAACUCUAGAGAGACAGUCCCACAGUCAUUCAAGUCAAACCUGUUAAGUGACUGUCCCACCGUAUUCAAGUUAUCGACGGGCAGCCAGUGGAUUGGUGUUCCCGGAGAGCUGCGGGGCUAUGAGGCUGUCCACAAGCAUUAUGGGAAGCUGCCCUGGGCCAAGCUGUUUGAGCCAACGAUCAGACUGGCCAGGGAAGGCAUCCCUCUCACGGACUAUCUGGGAAAGCUCCUACAAUUCCCCUUGGUGAAAACGCUCGUGGAAAGCUCAUCUCUCUGUUCUCAUCAAGUUUUCUGCAACAAGAACAAAACUGUUCUGCGCACAGGAGACAUCCUGAAGUUUCCCAAACUUGCUGAAACCAUGGAAACCAUUGCAGAGCAAGGGGCAGAUGCCUUCUACACUGGCAAGAUAGGACACGACUUAAUCCAAGACAUACAAGCUGCAGGUGGUACGUUAAAGAUGGAGGAUCUCAGGUCAUUCAAGGUGCGGGUGGAGGAUGCAUGGACGGUUCCCCUCGGAAAUCAUCAAAUGCACCUCCCGCCACCGCCUGCUGGGGGCGCUCUGCUGGCCUUCAUUCUCAGACUGAUGAAAGAGUUUUCCUUGACUCCAAACUCCCUGGAGGGUGACAAGAAGAUUCAGAUGUACCAUCAUUACAUAGAGACACUUAAAUUUGCAAAUGGACAAAAGAGGAGCAUUAAGGAUUAUGACUUGACUAAUCAAAAGAGUGCUGGACAUUUGAUUGAGCCCUCCUUCAUUAAUCGCAUCAAAGAGAUGAUCUCUUCAAACCACACCCAUGACAACUCCUACUACAAUUUGAAGCCCUCUUCUGAUCACGUUGGGACAACACACGUGUCUGUCCUGGAUGAAGACGGACUGGCCGUCUCUGCCACCAGCACAAUAAACCAAUUAUUCGGAGGAACCAAUUACUCCCCACAAACGGGCAUCAUCCUCAACAACGAGCUGGCUGACUUCUGUGGGAGAGCAGACACAGUGAGGGCAGGUGAACAGCCUCCCUCCUCAAUGACCCCAGUGAUACUGGAGUCAUCGUCUGGGGGAAUCCUUGUGAUCGGUGGAUCCGGAGGAAGCUUGAUCCCCACAGCAGUGGCCAUGUCUUUGAUAAAUCGCCUGUGGCUGGGGAUGAAUCUGGAAGACGCCAUCGCUGCUCCUAUUGUGUUUGUGGAUUCAAAGAACAAUGUGAACUUUGAGCCUGGUUUUGACAAGUCUGUCAAAAAGGGCCUCAUUGGUCUCGGACACAUAUUUGGAGAUUGGAAAUUUUUCCUCAAUGUGGUCAACGCCAUAGAAAAAGAGAGAGGCUGCAUUGUGGCUGUCUCAGACAAAAGGAAGAUGGGAAUGUCAUCUGGAUAUUGACCACACAAACCAUGAGGUUUCCUCCACCUUCCUACUAAAAUCCACCCCUAAGACUGACAGAAGCCUUAGCCUUAAGAACAAUGAGUGACACAUUCAUCCCUGACGAAGAAAUGUGAGGAAGUUGGAGCUCCGGUUCUCAACUGAAGAGCAACAAGAAACUACUCCUCUCAAAGGCUAUUUCCAGUUUGUAAUAACUCCAUAAUUUCUAUUAGAUACAUGGACAACCAUGUACUCCCCAGAGUAAUUGCAGAGAUCCCGGACAUUGGCUCAGAAGAAGUUAGACAAAACUUUUAGGACAAAAUUAUCAGAUUAUAUUCACCAGAUUAUCUAAACCACUCUAUUUUGAGUAUAUUGAUUAGUCAAGUUUUUAUACAAUUUGUAAGGAAUUGUUUUAACUAAAUUUCCAGAAAAACUAAAAUCUAAAGGAAAUGAGAAAAGGCUCUUAGUCAUCCACUGGGUGGCGCUAAUUUUCUAGCCGGGUGCCUUGAUGCAACUAAAGGGACGUCGGUCAAAUCUUAAAAACGAAAAUGUAGGAAAUGUGGUGAAAUUUGUAAUUUGUUUGUUUCCUGUGCUACUUUGAGGACUGUUACAAUCUUUGGGGUAAUGAAUGUGAAAUGUUUUUAUAUAUACGUAUAUAACCUUUAGAACAGUAGUUUGACCAAAUAGAGCUCAUUCAGGUGACAUGGCAGUAAGUGGACCUUGACUUAGAUUAUGUUGUCAGAAUUUGGGUAGUCUUUUCCCAAAACCAAGCUUUACUGUCUGACCGGUCAAGUUUCAUUCCGCACCAGACUUCUUUUCAGAGCUGUUGGCAUUUUCCUGAUGUAAAGAAUUACGGCCAAAACUACAGUAAAAUAAUAAACUGGAACUACCCUUUGAGCUGUUUGGACUCCUCAUGCAGCCGGCUAUAUCUGCAUUUUCAGUCGAGCCAGUCAUCACACACUGAAGACAUACCGCUUAAAAGAGCCAUACAAACACAUGAUUAACACACCACUAUGUAUAUAGUGGUUAUAGGUCAUUAUGUAAUCUACAGUAGUUGGGACAAAGCCAAACCCUUCAACUGUAUAUAUUUGCAGAUAAUUAAGUCUGUGAAUAUUAAAUGAAUGUUUAUUUUUCUAAAUAAAGUGUGUACUCGUAAGAACUGUUCACUGUAGAUGAGCCAUGUCACCCUUUCAUAGUGACAUCCUGACUGACAUAUGCAAACAGAAAACUUUUACUGGGACCUUUUCACCGAAUGUGAAAACAGCUUUAUUCUGGUCCCACUGCGUAUUCUGAUCUUCCGUUAAAAGAUAAAGGAUAUAGUGUACAGUCAUUUUCUAAAUAAGACUCAGCAGAUUCAUGAUGAACAAUAUAAUCUCAAAAAAAUGAGUGUAUUUUUAACACUGUCAACAUGUCAUUUUGUAUUUUGUCAUAAUGUUUGUUAUAAUGUGUCAAAAUGUUUGGUAAGAUCAUUUCAAUUUUUUUUUACGAUUCUCAACUGUGAAAUAUAUGUUGUCACAAUAAAACUAAGUUCAAAACAAAA